GCAGCCUGUAAACAACCCAACAUAACACACUGACAUGGUGGCUGGUCUGCACAGCGAGGGGCUGAUUCAGUUAAAUGUCAGAUCAGAGAGAAAAAAUCCAAAAUGGACAGAGAAUCGAAUCUGAACCGAGCUGAGACGUUCUCCUUCGUCAACCCAUGGAUCAGAUAUUUCCUCUUCUUCUUCAGCUUCUUGUUUUGGGUUUUCUCGUUGCUGAUUGUUGGAAUCGGGGUUUAUGCCAAAGUCCAGAAAGCUACAGACACGGUGCGGGACACGUUCCUCAUCGACCCAGCUGUCAUCCUAAUUGUGGUGGGGGUGGUGAUGUUCUUCAUCACUUUCUGCGGCUGCAUCGGCGCCCUCAGAGAGAACAUUCGCCUCCUCAAGACGUUUUCCUUCACGCUGACGCUGGUCUUCCUCAUCCAGCUGGUUAUAGCAGUUCUGGGCUUCUUCCACUCUGGUCAGACCCGAGAUGCUCUGGGGAAGUUUGUGAAGAAAGCGAUCGUUCACUACAGGGAUGACCUGGAUCUGCAGAAUCUGAUGGAUUACAUCCAGAAAGAGUUUAAGUGCUGUGGAUGGAACAACUACACCGACUGGUCCUGGAACCUUUACUUCAACUGCUCUGAGGAAAACCCCAGCUCAGAGCGCUGCGCCGUGCCGUACUCCUGCUGCUCUCCGGUUCCUGGAGAGAUGGUGAUCAACACCAUGUGUGGUUUUGGCAUUCAGACGCAGAAGUCCCAGGAAGUAGACAAGUCCAUCUACUCUAUGGGCUGUGCAGACAGCGCGGUGAUGUGGAUGGAGUCUCACCUGCUGCUGGUGGGAGCGCUCACCCUGGGCAUGGCCUUACCUCAGAUUGCCGGCAUUGUGCUGUCCCAGAUCCUGAUCACUCAGAUCCAAAAUGAGAUUGCUUCGCCGUUUUGAGGGCAGAAGGAAGAAAUUCUGGUGCUGAACUCGUCCAAUCAGAGUCAACACAUCUAGAUUACAUAUCCUUUGGCAAAACUGUUUUCAUGCUGUGACACACAUGCAUAGUGCAAAGUAUUUAUUGGUUCUCUCUUUAACUUUUUCAAUACACAUUUCUAUUAGUAAACAUUUGCAAAUAAAUGUGCAAAAUGCUUUGAAUUGUAUAAUAUAACAGAUUUUUCAAACAAUUUCUUCAUAAUGUCACAUUCAAUGAGGAAUGUCCAGGGGCAUGAAGCAUGAUCUGGUUAACGGUGUGGAGCUCCUUCCUGUGGGUUCGAUGUCUCUAAACCCAAACAACAAAAUCAGAUUAGAGCGGCGCUUUGAUGUUUUCACGUGGGACCCGCCCGCGCGCUGCUAUCCUUCUAGCCGUGAAGAGCCAGCGCUUUCUGCGUGAGGCGCUGGGUCAGAGGGGAGUUGGGCCGCACGGCGUCACGCUCCACCAGCAGACAUCUGGGGAAACACAGCAGAGCAGAGACCAACAGAUUCAGCCAGACUUCAAGCUGGGAGAACAACUCCAUCAGUAAUUAAAGUGCAACAUGGUGUCAGAUAUAGAGAAAAUAGCUGGUGUUGUGCACAGAAGACGGGAGGUGGACAGUGAAGAGUAGAACCAAUCAUGUCCAGUAACUUAAGGUCAGAGCCCAAACGUCCUUACAACGUCUCUCCAGCUGACCAUGGAAAUGCAUCCAAAAUGGCCAAAACAUUCGGUUUAAAUUUAACUCCUACCUGCUAACAAGCUAAUUAAGGUUUUGAAAGAAUAUGUUUUUCCUCAUUACAAAGUGUUUAUUUAUAAAAACAAAUAUUUAUAAAGUA